CCCCGCGACGCACCCACUCUACAGCUACAGUGUCCGGACACCGGCCACAUGCGCCGCCGUCGUCCUCUGUUCACCGGCAGCAGGGAGCUUGUUCUCCGCCUUCAAGCCACUGAGCACCACUGAUGGAAAACCCUGCGUGUCGUCCAUCUCAGUGUGCGCAGCGCAGCGUGUAGCUCCAGGAGCGCUCCUCCGGAUCCAGGACACCGUCAUCAUGAAGUUGGUGGUCCUCCUCCUCUUCCUCCCCUUCCUCCUCAUGUGGACGUCCUGCCCGCGGUGUCUCGCCAGCAUCGCCGCUAAAAAUGAGUUUGUGUCUUUGGCGGAGAUGGAGGACGAGCUGCUGAGGAACCUUUUCCAAGGCUACCAGCGCUGGGUCAGGCCAAUCCAACGAGCCAAUGACACUAUUAGAGUACGUUUAGGACUCAAGAUCUCCCAGCUGGUUGAUGUGGAUGAGAAGAACCAGCUCAUGACAACUAAUGUUUGGCUGUGUCAGGAGUGGCUCGAUUACAAGCUGCGAUGGAAUCCAGACAAAUAUGGAGGAAUCACGUCCAUCAGAGUUCCCUCUGAAAAUAUCUGGCUGCCAGACAUCGUCCUCUAUGAGAAUGCUGAUGGGCGUUUCGAGGGCUCCCUGAUGACCAAAGCCAUUGUCAAGUACACCGGUAUGAUCACCUGGACGCCACCUGCCAGUUACAAGUCGGCCUGCACCAUGGAUGUCACCUUUUUCCCUUUUGACCGCCAGAACUGCACCAUGAAGUUUGGCUCCUGGACCUACGAUGGCCACAUGGUGGAUCUGGGUCUGAUGGACUACCAGGUAGAUCGAAAAGACUUCUUUGACAAUGGGGAGUGGCAGAUCCUCAAUGCCACCGGUGCCAGAGGAAACCGGAAGGAUGGCUUGUAUUCAUACCCCUUCAUUACGUACUCUUUUAUUUUGAAGAGGCUACCGCUGUUCUACACUCUCUUCCUCAUAUUCCCCUGUUUGGGUUUGUCCUUUCUGACCGUCUUGGUGUUUUACCUUCCUUCAGACGAAGGAGAGAAGCUGUCACUUUCUACCUCUGUCCUCGUCUCGCUCACUGUGUUCCUCCUGGUCAUAGAGGAGAUCAUCCCCUCCUCCUCCAAGGUGAUCCCACUCAUCGGAGAGUACCUGCUCUUCAUCAUGAUCUUCGUCACGCUCUCAAUCAUCGUCACCGUCUUUGUCAUCAACGUCCACCACCGCUCCUCUGCGACCUACCACCCCAUGUCCCCGUGGGUUCGUAGCCUCUUCCUCCAAAAACUGCCGAGGCUGCUCUGCAUGCGCGGACACAUCGACCGCUACCACUACCCAGAGCUGGCCCCUGAGAGCCCUGAGCUGAAGACUCGCUCUGGAGCGCGGAGAGCAGGGCAGAGGAGCGGAGCCCAUGGACAGGCGACUUCUGAGGGGAAGGACGAAGAAGCCUGGGCGACCAUGUUGGAGAAGGCCAUCUACUCAGUGCGGUACAUCAGCAGACACAUCCGCAAGGAGCACUUCAUCCGCGAGGUGGUACAAGACUGGAAGUUUGUGGCCCAGGUGUUAGACAGGAUCUUCCUGUGGGCUUUCCUCACCGUCGCAAUACUGGGUACCAUCCUCAUCUUCACUCCAGCGCUGCAGAAUUUCUUGAAAAUCCCUCUUCCAACUGCGAGAGAGGAUUCACCUUCACACUAGGGGCAAUAACACGUGACUUUCACAGACAACCGCUGAUCCACCUUCAAGAAUCUUUUAAACACUUGAACAAGAGGAAGCCCCAGCAGGGGCUUUUUAAAGGUGAACACUGACACUUAGAUUUUUAGUUAGGUUUCUUCUCUAGAUCCACUGUAUAAUAUGUUCUUUAUGUCAGUAUGUGUACAAUUUCAUUUGAUUUAAUAAUGAUGACAUAAUAUAGUAUUUAAGCUUCAAUUAUAUGAAACUUUAAGCGUAAAGUAUAAAGUUAAACUACACAUUUUAUAAUUUGCUUAUUUCAUGUACUUAAACUAAUGUCCUCAUUAUUACUUAAUGUUUUAGGGGACAUUUCCCUUGAUAUUGUUGUAUGUGGUGGAUUUGUUUUCUUGAGUUGUGUCAUUUUUGUAUUUAUUUCUUCAACAAUCUAAUUCACGUUAUGAUUAUUCUGUCACAACAUUAAGAUAAUCACAUACACGAAGCACAAAAUACCUCUUACUCUAACUACUAGUUAUAUAUCAUAGGGGAAAGAAACAACUUAAUUGCUCAACGUGUCAACAACAACAAUGUCUAUAUCUCUUAUGUACUGAUGUCUGUCUCGUCCCCUUAAAAUAAAAAACUUGCUACAUUUGG